AUGAAUGCUUUUUGCAUCCGUUUAAUUAUUUCUUCGUGGAUGAAAUCUUUCUUCUUCAAGAUCCAUAAAGGAAGUGAUCAACCAAAGAUUGCUGAAACAAAUAGUCAUAAUAAAGGACGUCCACGCCCUUUUUCAAGAAUAAAUAAUGGUAAUCAGCACGAAAAGCUCAGAUCAUCAAUCCCACCGGAGAUAUUUGAUGAUCAGGAAGAAGUUCCUGAUGAAAUUGACAUGGUAUUAUCUGAUGGUAAUAGAAAAAAUUCAUAUUCUGAGGAAAAUGAUGAUUCUCAAAUAAACAAAGGAAAAUUUGUUCAUAUAGAGAUACCAAUAGGUGAUCCAGAAGAUUCUCAAGAUGUUACAGACUAUGAACAUAUAAUAUACAGAACAAUGAGGGAAAGAGAACUCAGAUUUCCAAAUUGUCUUGUUAAGUCAGAAUUGACUCCAAAGCAACGCGGUAUUCUAAUAGAUUGGAUAGAUAGAAUUCAUUAUAAAGCUCAAUUAAAUACGAGAACGCUAUAUCGCGCGAUCGGCCUAUUUGAUAGAGCUCUCAAUCUUACAGAUAUAAACUCCGAGAACAUGCAAGUUUUUGGAUGUGCUGCUCUUUUGAUCGCUUCAAAGAUGGAAGACAUUAUUCCGAUUCAAGUGGAAAUUGCAGUUAAUUGUGCCAAAAAUGCUUUCACGAAGGAUGAACUUCGUAAGAAAGAGAUGCAACUUGCAAAUAUUGUGGACUUUGACUUCGCUUUCCCAACACCGUAUUUCUUUUUGGGAAUUCUACUCAGAAUCAGUGGCCAGACUCAAGAGUCCAUGCUUUUUGCUAGAUAUGUCAUGGAAGUUUGCAUGACAUGUUCUAACUUUAUUGAUGUAAGGCCAUCAGCAGUUGCUUCAACCUCAAUUGUUAUUACACGUGUCUAUUAUGGAGAGGUACCGUGGAAUGAAAAAUUAGAAGGAUAUACUGGUUAUUCACUUGAAAAUUUAUCUGAACACAUCAAGGAUGCAUAUGAAAUUUUAACAAUGCCCGACCGCGAAGAAUCCAAGUUCAUUCGUUUGAAAUAUAGCACUCCCCCAUUCCUUGGUGUAUCUAAAUUUGAGAUUCCUGACUCUAUUACUGAAUUGUUUGUCUGA